AUGAUGCAAACCAUAAUAGAGGACUUCGCCGAAGACCCAACAGAGCGCUCGCGGCUAGCAAACUUAGUGGACCUCGGCAAGACGUUUAUCAAACAACAAUUAGAUCACCACGUAAUCAAGGAGAAUAUGGUUAACACACACGGACUAGAGUAUGCACUUACGAACCCGGACAAAAAUGUACCUAUAAAAGAUGGUGAGUGCAAUGGAUGCAUAUUUUUGCCCUGGGUAGUCUCCCAAAUAAAGGGAACGGUGAGGCGGAGCACUUUUGGUGGUGCCGAUGUCCAGCAAGAUGCCUGGGAUGUAUUAAAGGUGUGCCACGAUAAGUAG